AUGGCCCUUUCCUCCUGCAACGUGCUGGCCAAUCCAUCUUUCGAGACGGGUGCUCUCUCACCCUGGGUGCCGAGCGCAGUCGACGUAGCGCAGAUUAGCACCGGCAGUCCCGUCCUCGACGGCGAGUAUUACCUAAACCUCGAAACAGCCGUCGGCAACCGCGGCAACUCCAUCUCCCAAUACAUCAACGGCCUCACCAUCGGCGCCAACUACACCUUCAGCGUACAGGCUAGAUCGCCCAACUAUGGAGCCAACUACUGCGGCGUCUUCGCCUACCAUGGCUCGAACUCCACGUCUGGAUUACUUGCUUCGGAGUUGUUGUUCACCCAGGACGAAUGGGUUGAGCUGAAGGGAACUUAUCGGCCGAGGCACUCGAGAGACGUUCUUCAUGUCGGCGCGAGUUGUACUUUCUCGGGCUCUUCGUAUACUGGUCAUGUUCUUUUCGAUGAUAUUUUCUUGGGACGGGAGGAGGGGUGUGACGUUGUGCUGGAUUAG